AUGCUUCUUGCAAUUGUUCGAGAAAUCGAGUGCCGUCCAAAUGAGUCUAAAAUUCAGAAGAUCAGUCGUCUUGGAAGGUUUCUCAUCUCUAUCGGAGCAACCAAGAAUCCCAGGCAUUUCAAGAUCUAUGGAGUCAACUACAGGUCCAGAUCGCACCCCCGUUGGUACUACACUCUGGUGAGGGACAACCAUCUCGGCUCCAAAGUCAUUGCUAUCGAGACUGUUGGGCCUCACUUCUAUGCUCGUGCGACUUACGGAAGGAUGAUAUUCCAAGAACGUUUUAAUGCUUUGUCGAUUUUCCAAUUUGAAGGGCAUUCUUAUGAGCUGCCGCAGUUUUCUGUCAGGCUUUCUCAUGGAACUUUUUGCCCAAGAGAUUCAGCUGCCUUCGUUGAAAUUAAAUGCAAAUGUUCACGCACAAAGAAGCCGAGACUUUGCUAUGAGAUGUUUUCGUUGUUGAUGGACGCAAUGGGGGUGGAUCUCAGUGGUGUGAGGCAUCACAAGUCCCAGCGAUUUGCUCGCAGAUAUGAGAGCUUCAACCGAAAGGCCAUGUACAUGAGCGCCUCAUUGAGGAGGACUGAAUUCUCUUGGUAUGUAAUGUAA